AUGUCUAUUCCUGCCAUCGACUUUUCUGCUUUCCGAAAAAGUACAGAGCAAGAGCGUAGAGAGCUCGCCAAUCGCGUCACUGAGGAAUUCAAGAAGCAUGGUGCUACAAGACUGAUAAACCAUGGGAUUACUGGAGAGAUUGAUAUUCGAGAACAGAGUGACAAGUUCUUCAAGCUUUCCGAGGCCGAAAAGGUCGCUACUGCCAACGUCCGGGAUGCCAACCCGCAGCGAGGAUACAGCCACGUUGGCUCGGAGGCAACUUCCAAGGUCAAUAAGAGGGACCAGAAGGGAGAGUUCCAAAUCUGUGAGGAUGAUGACGUGGAUCAAGAACUCAUUGAUGCCAAGGAACACUUUGACUACACCCGCGAUGGUGACGAGUACCCGACGCCCUGGCCGUCGGACGUAAGUAUCCCUGGUUUCCACGACUGGAUGGAGGGCACUUUCCUCCCGGAUUGCAUGAGGCUGGCGCGCGAUGUCUUGACAGCCAUUGAACUCGGCCUAGACGUGCCUGUCGGAACGUUCACGUCGUGCAUGGAGUCGCGCGUCGACGAGCUGCGCAUCCAGCACUACCCACCCCUGCCGGUCGAGAAGCUCAAAGCGGGCAAGAUCAAGCGCUGCCAUCCACACACCGACUUCGGCUUCAUAACUUUGCUCUUCCAGGAUGCCACUGGCGGGCUCGAGGUCGAGGACCGCGCCAACGGCGGCUGGCUGCCCGUCACACCCACGGCUGACCCCACAGAGGUCGGUGUCUACAUCGGCGACACCCUUGUGCACAAGACCAACGGUCACCUCAGAGCAGCCGUCCACCACGUUGUAGCCCCCCUAUCCCUCAAGGACAGGGAGGAUGGCGUUAUGCCCGAGCGCUUCACCAUCGCCCUCUUCGCCAAAGCGGACCGCCACGCCGACGUCGGGCCCAUGCCCCGAUUCAUCACCUCCGAGACGCCGCAGCGCUUCCCUAGCCUGACUGCCCUGGAGCUGCAUAACAAGCGGGUUGGCCAGCUGUAUGAUGCCAGGCCCAAGGCUUAA